CGCAUGCGCAGGAGUCCGGAAGAGGUGGGGAGGUGGCGGUGAUGGCGGAGAAGUUCGACUCUCUGGAGGAACACCUGGAAAAGUUCGUGGAGAACAUCCGGCAGCUCGGCAUUAUCGUCAGCGAUUUUCAGCCCAGCAGCCAGGCUGGUCUCAACCAGAAGUUGAAUUUCAUGGUGACGGGCUUGCAGGAUAUCGACAAAUGCCGGCAGCAGCUGCACGAUAUCAGUGUGCCCUUGGAGGUUUUUGAGUACAUAGAUCAAGGCCGCAAUCCUCAGCUUUACACCAAGGAGUGUCUGGAGCGAGCUUUGGCUAAAAAUGAGCAAGUAAAAGGAAAAAUUGACACAAUGAAGAAAUUUAAAAGUCUAUUAAUUCAAGAACUGACAAAGGUGUUCCCAGAAGACAUGGCGAAGUACAAAGCUAUUCGAGGAGAAGAUCCUCCUCCUUAAGUUGGCCUUUGAUAUCUUUAAAAAUGUGAAUUUUGUAACCAUGAAUUAUGAAGAGAGAGGGGGAAUCCAAGCCUUCAUAAAAACUGUACUAAAACUGGCAGUGAUGAACUGUAAAGGAACCUUGAUGGUUGUUGAUGAUUGUGGUCGGAAACUUCUGAAUCUUUGUGAAAACUUUGAGUAAAAGGUUGCAGUGAAAACUUUUAUGGUGAUCUAUUCUUCUUUCCUGAAAGGCUUUGGAGAUAAAAUUGUCUGCAAGUCAUCAAUACGUAGCAUUUUCCACAAAGUGCAUUACCAGAGCAGAAAAUCAUGGGUUUUAUCAUGUGAAAAGUAUACUUCAGGAUUGUAGGUUCAUCUGUUUUUAAGAUAAAUGUAUUUGUUAUACUUGAUCAUUAUUUAAUGUGUCAAGCUCCCCCCCCCCCCCUUUUAUUUUUUUAAAUACAUUAUAAACAAUUGCCUGCUUUCAUCUUGCCAAAUUAGACUGAACAGGAGCCUAUCAAGGGCUGCACCUCUUGUGUCACUGUCAACUGCAACCAAGAAAACAUUUGGAUACUUUUGUUUUUCUCUAUGAGCUGCAGUGCAGAUGGCUGAGGAUGGAGAAAGUGACCCUAUUUGGCAUUUAGCUUCUCAGAAUAUUAGUAUUUUGUUUAAUGUAAGCUUCUGUUUAAAUCUGAUUGUUUUCUGUAAGCAGGUUGUUGAAUAAAAA